AUGACCGAGGUGUCAUCCACCCGCCUGUACCUGGGCAACCUGCCGCGCAAUGCGACCAAGGCCGAUGUUGAGGCCCACUUCGCGUCCCAUGGCACCGGCGACAUCACCGAAAUCAAGCUCAUGAACGGCUUCGGUUUCAUCGAGUACAAAGAUGCCAUGGACGCCCGGGAUGUCGUCCCAGCUUUCCAUGGAUCCACCUUCAUGGGCGAGCGCCUGACUGUCCAAUUCGCCCGAGGUUCGCGUCACCGUGAGAAUGGCGCCCCCGGCGGCCCUGGCGGAUUUGCCAGUAACGAGCGCGCGCCCCCUCGCCCCGACCUGAAAGAUUUCGCCCGUCAAUCUGGCUGUGAUGUCGUCUACUCGGAGACCGGCCGCAACUCCAAUGGCGAAGGCUUUGUGGAGUUCGAGACUGCCGCAGAUCUCAAGAAGGCUGUCGAGGCGCUUGAUGGUCGCGAGUUUAAGGACCAGCGCGUGACCUGUAUCGCGAACACCCAGCCUGACUUCCCACCACGAGACGGCCGCGGUCGAUCCCGCUCACCAGGUGCCCGCCGUCCAUACCCUCCACGGGAUGACUUCAUCGACCGUCGUGGCCCACCGGGCGGAUGGAGCCCGCGCCGCGACUACCGCGACAGAAGCCCUCCUCGUCGCGACUACUAUGACGACCGUGCGGCGAGAUACCGCAUGGACGAUUACCCGCCCCCUCGCCGUGGCCCCAUGGAUGAUUACCCCCCUCCUCGGCGCGGUCGCAUGGAUGAUUAUCCGCCUCCCCGUCGCGGUCCUGUCGAUGAUUACCCUCCUCCCCCGAGAGACUUCCCCCCUCGCGAGGCCGGGUACCCCAGGGAAGGCGGGUACUACCCUCCGCGCGAUUACGACCGCCGUUACUGGUAA